AUGGAUCAAGGUCCCAAGUGCAACAUGAACAUGCUCUUCACAUGGGAUACGACGGAUCUCUGCAUCGUCUUCCGCGGCUGGCACAUCAGCGGCGCCGGCUCGCUCGUCUUCUCCCUCCUCGCGAUUGUACUGCUUACGGCAGGCUACGAGGCGGUCCGCGAGAUUUCGAGACGGUAUGAGGAUUCUACGAGGAAGCUCGCGUGCGAAGACACAUCGAAUGAAUCGAGCUCAUUACUUGGCCCAGGGAGAAACGGUGGGCGGAAUGAAGAGCAGCAGACGAAGAUUAUCAAGGCGAUACUGUAUGCUGUGCAGGUCUUCUAUUCCUUCUUCAUCAUGCUACUCUUCAUGACCUACAAUGGCUGGGUCAUGCUCGCAGUCGCAGUAGGCGCGUUUGUCGGCUAUUUGCUGUUCAGCGGUGCUUCCUCGACGAAGACGGUUGCUUGCCACUGAAGACAGCGCGUCAAGCGAGACUAUACGUGGUCCAGGUAUUUUGUAAGGAUGCGAUGUGUGAGGUUUGGGAGUAGCAAAUGUCACGUCCUGGAUUACUAUCUCCUGCAAUACCCGGGACUUGGAAAUAGUGGGAUCGACUGCUCUAGGUUGGCUGCUAGUACCCACACCCCGCGAAAUAGCUAGCUAAAUGUAUCAUAAUCAAUAUGGAGAUUGUUGUGAUUCAUCAGUACAUGCUGCAGAACUCUGAUCUUAAUGGCAUC